AUGUCUGGCCAGAAGUUCGAGACGCUCCAGCUCCAUGCCGGCCAGGAGCCCGACCCAGCGACCAAGUCGCGGGCCGUCCCGAUUUACGCCACUACCAGUUUCACUUUCAAUGACUCGGCGCAUGGCGCCCGUCUGUUCGGGCUCAAGGAGUUUGGCAACAUCUACUCCCGGAUCAUGAACCCCACAGUAGAUGUCUUUGAGAAGCGCAUCGCCGCGCUCGAGGGCGGUGUUGCCGCGGUGGCCGCAGCGUCAGGUCAAGCAGCCCAGUUCAUGGCCAUCGCAGCGCUGGCGCACUCGGGCGACAACAUUGUGUCGACAUCAAACCUCUACGGCGGCACCUACAACCAGUUCAAGGUGUUGUUCUCGCGCUUCGGCAUCACCACCAAGUUCGUCAACGGCGACAGCCCGCAGGAUAUCGCCGCCGUCAUCGAUGACAAGACCAAGGCCGUCUACAUCGAGAGCAUUGGCAACCCGCGCUACAACGUUCCCGAGUUCGAGGCCAUCGCCAAGGUCGCCCACGACGCUGGCGUACCGCUUGUGGUCGACAACACGUUCGGCGCGGGUGGGUACUUCGUACGCCCGAUCGAGCACGGCGCCGAUAUUGUGGUGCACUCGGCCACCAAGUGGAUCGGCGGCCACGGCACGACGAUCGGAGGUGUGAUUGUCGACAGCGGCAAGUUCGACUGGGGCAAGCACGGCGCGCGGUUCCCGCAGAUGGUCGAGCCGUCGGACGGGUACCACGGGCUCAAGUUCUGGGAGACUUUCGGCCCCAUCACCUUUGCGAUCCGCGUGCGCGUCGAGAUUCUGCGCGAUCUGGGCGCGGCGCUCAACCCCUUUGCCGCGCAGCAGCUGUUGCUCGGCAUUGAGACGCUGUCGCUGCGCGCCGAGCGACACGCACAAAACGCGCAGGCCCUGGCCGAGUACCUCGACAAGAGCGAGUACGUGUCGUGGGUGUCGUACCCGGGGUUGGCCAGCCACCAGUCGCACGAGACGGCCAAGAAGUACCUCAAGCGCGGCUUUGGCGGCGUGUUGAGCUUCGGCGUCAAGGGCGGCGGCGCGGCCGGCAGCCAGAUAGUCGACGGGUUCAAGCUCAUCUCCAACCUUGCCAACGUCGGCGACUCCAAGACUUUGGCCAUCCACCCCUGGAGCACCACCCACGAGCAGCUCAGCGACGAGGAGAAAGGCACCUCGGGUGUUACCGAGGACCUGAUCCGCAUCUCGGUCGGCACCGAGCACAUUGACGACAUCAUCGCCGACUUUGAGCAGUCCUUCAAGGCCGCGGCUGCUGCGAGCACCGAGGGGGGCGCUGCCGUCGCGGACCGGACAAAGGGUGAGGCGGCUCCGGUGGUGGUGUAA